AUGUCUACAGUUUUUGUUUCUGGAGCAACCGGCUUCAUUGCCCAACAUGUGAUCAAGCAGUUAAUCGCCAAGAACUACAAAGUUGUUGGUUCUGUGAGAUCAAAGGAAAAAGGUGAAUCUCUUACUGAGAAGUUUGGAUCGUCGUUUCAAUACGAAGUUGUUGCUGAUGUAGCAGCAGAAGGUGCCUUUGACCAAGCGUUGGAAAACCAUCCAGAAGUGACUGUGUUUCUUCACACUGCUUCUCCAUUCCGUUUUGAUGUCACUGACAUUCAGAAGGAAUUGUUAGAUCCUGCUACUCAAGGAACUGAGAAUGCUCUUCGUGCAAUCAAGAUUCAUGGUUCGCAAAUUAAAAAAGUUGUGGUGACUUCGUCGUAUGCUGCUAUUAUGGAUCUCAAUACCGAGAGAAAUCCUGAAGUUACAAACACUGAAGCCUCGUGGAACCCAGGCACUGCCAAAGAUGCUCUUCAAAACCCAAUUGCAGGCUACCUCAUUUCCAAAAAACUUGCUGAAAAAGCUGCUUGGGAUUUCGUGGAGAAUGAACAUCCCAACUUCACCUUGACCACGGUGAACCCAGCUUAUGUAUUCGGUCCUCAAGCUUUUGAUUCUGAUGUCAAAGAUACGCUCAACACAUCGUCUGAGAUCAUCAAUAAGGUUUUAAAGUUGAAACAAAAUGAAGAAAUUCCAACGAUGACUGGCGCUUUCAUUGACGUUCGUGAUGUGGCCAAGGCACACUUGAUUGCUUUCGAAAACGAGACCGCUAAAGGCAAACGAUUGGCUCUCGCUGAAGGAAGAUUCAGCAACCACGAUAUUGCCAGAGUUGUCCACGAACAUUUCCCAGAAGCUGCGAUUCCUCAACCAGACGCUCAGAAAUCUGCACAGGAAAAAUCCGUCUUGUGCAAGUUGGAUUUUUCUGAAACCCAACGUAUUUUUGGGUCAAAAUACAUUGAUUUUGAUACCAGCGUUGUGGACUCUGUGAAACAAAUUCUUCAAAAGUAG